GAUCGAUGACGUUGACAGUUGAUGGCGAAAGCUAACGGAGGCAGGUGACAGUGACAGGACAGCACGACAAAGAGAAGUGAAGUGUGAAUUCCGAUUUGCGAAUAAGAACAGUCGUUCUCGUUAUGACAUUUACAAUGUAUCAAAAUGAAAAGUUUUUAAAGUUAGUUAAAUGUUAAAAACUUUUAAGGAAAGUGUAUAAAGUGUAAAAAUGAAUUACAAAACCGUAUUCUUUUGUUCAUUAGUAGGAGUUCUUUUGAUUAAGGAUAUUAAUUGUAAGUUUUCACUAGUUCUUUGACACGGAUAUGUUUUCAAGGUUUACAUAAACGUUGUAUGAAAUGUAGGUCAAGGGGCGAGCUAGGCACCUGUGGAGAUCCUUUUCCAUUUAAUGCUACAGAGCCAGAGGUGGAGGAAGGCAUUCAUGUAGUUGCCUGCCCUUCAGGGUGGUGUGGGAAAAUGAUAGAAGGGACUACUGGAGCCUUUCGAACUGAUGAUUACGGUGCGGCGACCCAGCGAAUGUGUCUUCAGAGAUCCCCCAGUGACGACGAAGAGAGAUGUGCCUACACGAUGUGGAAUCAUAGGAAAGUAUAUAUGUGUUUUUGUAACGGUGAUCUCUGCAAUUCGGCGUUUAAAAUAUCGACACCACCACUUUUCCUGUAUACUAUUUUAGUCAUUGUCAAGGUUUUGUUUUAAAUUUCAUGCUAUGAUAUAAGGAGAUUCCGCCGUGGCUUUGUAAUCCACGGAAGAUCCGCUUACCGUGUACUUAAUAGGCUAUUUGACUGGUUUUUAAAAUCCAUUUUAUAUUAUUAAGUAGAGGUUAAAGAACCCUGUAAAAGUUGUUUUUAUUUUUUAAAUUCUAGUACAUAUUUGCUGAUAAAUAUCAAAUUAAAAAUUCCAUAUUUAAAUAGCAUGCGAAAAUGCUACUUUGACAAUAUGGCGCUGCAAUGUGGUCGGUGACGUCACUUGCCUGUAUUAUAAUCUGUGGCACAUAUAAUCCACAUACAGUAGUCAAACGAGGUUAACAAGAAAGUGAAGUCACCAUAAACCCGGCCAAUCAGAAGCGUUUUGUGUCACGUGACAAAUGUUUAAAAUUUUUUUGAACAAAUUAACCAGUUUUAAACUCAUAAUAUAAACUGAUUCCAAUAAUUGACACUUUAUUUUUCGCAUUGUCAAAUAGCCUAUUAUUAAAGACUCGUCAGAAAUGUAAUUUGUCGAGUACUCUCCUAAAUCACAUUUCUGACUUGAAUGGAGGUGAUAAUCUUGCAAGAUCACAAUAAUGUUUGUUCUCCCCCUCGCUGUCAUUGUGUCAUUAAGAUCUUGUUGUGUCUCAGAAACCUCGUGGCUUUUUGAAUCGGUCUCAGAAAGUGCCAAUACUACAAUGACAAAUAUGAUGUGUUUGCUUGAGGGUUCGGGUUUCAGAAUCUGUGUCUCUGGAACUCCUUUCGAUUAGUUCGGUGUGAAAUAUUUAUCUUUUGUUAAUAAUGUCGAAAUAGAUUUACCUUCAAAUGAUAUAAACAUAGUGUCUGUUCAUACUAUAACAUAUAAGUAUAUUUAAUAUAAAUGUAAUCGUAAUCUGUUUACCUUUCGAUCUGUGUAUAAAUUCUUGUGAUAUUAAAUUAUUUCUAUAUUCUUGAAAUGCUUACAGUGUCCUUAGCGUCAGCGCUCAUGUGCGAUCAUGCGAGCAAAAAUCAAAAGUAAAAAUUGUUACCUUACACUGUAAACGUUUUAAAAAAUACAUUUUUAGACUAGUUGUACAUACGAGUAUAGUGAUUAUGUAUCGACUCCAGUAUAAUAAUCUAAAGGUCUGGCAGUAAUAGACUCUCUCGUAUUCAUUCCGUCCUAUGAAUGUGAUUUCAAGCAUAAUUAGACAUAUCGUACAAUUGUACUUAAGUUAGUUUUAGACGAUGUCGUGUGUAACACUACUCAUUUAGAUUGUAAUAUUGUUAAGAUGAUUUCUUAAAUGAUUCGUACUUAAUGUUCCGACGGAAUGCUCAAAUGGAAUAAAAGUAAAAUAACAUAGGAUGAGGUAUUUUUAUAUAUUUUUGUAAAUGCAGUCGGACAGGUAUCAGGCAUAAGGACGAGCGUCUCACAUGUAUCCACGUUUACAAAUAUACCACAAACGAGA